AUGGAUCAUGAAGCAGACUGCGGCGUCGCUUCUCAGCCAACCCAGGUAUCUUCAUCAUCUUCCUCAUCCUCGCAGUCCACGAUGAAGAAAUUUCUGGUGCCCAGACCUGCGGGCCCUCCUGCACCACCAUCAGAAUUGUCAAGCCGGCCCAAGACUACCGGAUAUCUGCAAUCAUCACAGUCAAUCCAAUCUGCUCAGACAGGUCACCGAGUGCUGUCCAUACAUCAACCAGAGCAGUCUGCCAUAGUAAUCUCAUCUGAAGACUCAUCAGCAUCCUCCCCAAUCAAGUCGAGUACCAAGAGAAGACGAUCGCGUAAGAAGAAGAAGAAGAAGACCACAAAAAGACAAGAUAGCACACAGCCCAACCAACAGUCCUCGGAUGACUCCUCAUCAGGCUCUACGACAGAGCAGCUGGAGUCUGACACGAGAAAGGGCAAGCAGUCAAAGCAAGGCACCUCUGCCCCUAGCGACGACGAAAGCUCUUCUGAAACCAGUUCUAUCAUCGAGGGGGCCCUGCAGGAUACGAGCAAGGGCUUCAGGGAGCUGUGGCUCCAAAAGCUCGAGGAGUUGCAUCAAACCAGAAUGUCAUCGAAGUAUGUCGUCAACAUGAUAGACGAAGAAGGUGACUUCGAUUUCGAAAGAGAUGCCGAUUACUCAAUGAGUAUCUUGCUGCCCUGGACUGUUUCUGUUAUGACAGCUAGCCACCGACCAACAGAAGAAUCGCUCAAGUUAUUCAAAUGGCUCGAUACCUCAUGUCCUGGCGUCUACCUGUGUGUUGCAAAGAAGACAGACUUCACGGGCAAGGUCACAGCUAUCUGUGCUAAGGUUGGUUGCGCAUGGUCGGUUGCGGGUGGGCUCAAAGCGAGAAAGGCUGGCCACUUAGACGACAAGCAGUCCAAGAGAGAAGCGGCGAAGGGCAGUCCCUUCCACAUGUUUAUUCAAUCAACCGACAAGGCCACCGAGACUUUGGAGUUGAAAUGGUACACUCUUGCAGUGGGCGAGAAGUUCGUUCGUGUCUCCCCGUCGGACGAACACCUGGCAGCCAGGCUCUACCAGGUGGAGGCAAUGCUCGCUGCCGCCUUUGGAGCCCUGCAUCAACCCAACAACGACCAGGUCUGUAACAACCUUCAAUGGUGGCCGUUCCCACCAGAAGACGACAUCCCAUGGGCUGGAGCGGAUUCUCAUUGCUCGCUUCAAGAUACCUGGAACGCGAGACCAGGUUCCCGCACUGGCAACAAAAAGACAAAGCCCACUGUUGUUGUGACACCAACAAGCGACCCCUUAGAAGACGCCCUGAUCGAAGAUUCAUUGGACAACCCACAGACCGAAGAGGAGAAGCGUCAGCUGGAGCUUGCGAACAACGCCCGUUUUCGUUACGCGAGAAGGGCUCAUGAAGGAAAAGCUGGCCCGCACGUCUGCCCUUUGCCAGGGUGUGUCCGCUCAGUACCCGGCCAGGGACUCACGACCGAGAAGGGGCUGGAAAUGCAUUUGAAGUCACAUGAGCGUGCCGACAAGAGAGCUGACGACAGAAAAUCUGUAGCUAAGUGCUCUGAUCCUCGCUGCGGGUACAGCACUCCAAAUCACCCUGAGCAUAUACCAGAGCAUGAGAAACAGCACAUCGACGGCAAAUUUGCGUGCGGUGCCUGCGGUUUACGCUAUCGACAUGCAUGGAUGGCCACCGACCAUGCGAAGACAGAGUGCAAAGUCGAAUACGCUGAUGAGAUCCAUGUGCCUGAGGAGUUCGUCCGCCAGGUGACAUGUGACGACGAAAGAUGCAGUCAAGAGUGGUUCAACACCGACAAAGGCCGAGCCUUGCGAGAUCAGCACAGAAUUUCCCAGCACCAGAAUGGCAAAUUCGUUUGUGGUAUAUGCGGCAUGCGUUAUAGAGCCAAGUAUCCUCAUCCGGGCAAGACUAACGGAGGCGUCUGUCCUGGAUAUGUCUCCAAUGGUCCUCGUAAGAAGUAUGUUCGAGUCAACAACAAAACAGUUAUACUUUACUACGUCACAUGGCUUUUUCAGGAGCGGCACCAACGCGCUUCCGAUCCUUCCGACGAUGCCGCUGCACCAAGCUCCCGAGUGGUCGAUUUACCCGUCAACACCCUCAAGUUGCAUGAAGAUCCGAACUAUGGCAAUCUUACCUAUUAUCCGCGCAUCGCCAUCCACGACCUCGUUUUGUGUUCUUCUCCAGACGAAGAUGAAGCGCGGAUCAAAGGCCCGGAAAAGAUGAUGUGCUUGACUCAAGGAGACAAUUCUUGUUGGUUUGACGCAAUCGUCACCGCUAUGCGCAUGCAUGGUGUUGGACGCCUGGCAUAUGAUGCUUCCGACGACCCUGAAAUACCCACAGCCACAUCAUUGCUCCUGCGGCUCCUCAGAGCUCGCUGGCCAGCUCUAAAGACCAGGACCAAUGUCGACCAGUACAGACAGCCUUUGCUUGAUCACCUAAUCUCAGCUGGCUUGGUUCAGGCAGGGGGCAUGGCUAACCCAGGAGAUUUGUGGGAUCACGCCGCUCUGGGUAUACCAAGUAUCUCAUUCAACACGACAAAGAAGAAGACUUGUACAAAAUGUCACACUCAAAACUAUCGCCAAACACCACAAGACCAGAACAUCAACUGUAUUCAUCUCGUGGAUAAGAACAAACACAAGCGCAAGCUAGCAGAUCUUCUCAAUUCUCACUUCGCAUCUGGCCCCAUCACACAGGCUAAGUCCAGCUUCGCAGAGUGCAAAGAAUGUGGCGCCGCGCUGCCACUUACACAGAAGACAGUCAUGGUGGACAGAAUGCCUUACAUUCUCUGCGUCUCAUUGCCCUCGGGUGAGCAGGAUUUGAUGCCAGACAUGAGCAACGCACAAGAUGUGCUUCACGGGGUCUCGCUCAAGGUUGAAAACGUGCUGGGCGAAGAGCAGGAAAUCUUUUACAAGACUGUCUCGAUUGUUUAUCUGAAAUCACCCGAGCAUUGGGUAGUUGCAAACUUCUUGGAGUCGAAGGCGCGCUCUACAUCAACCAGCACAACGACAGGUUGGUUUGCAUUGGACGGAUUGGGUUCAAAUGUCCGAGCUGUGGAUGGACGCCAUCUCAACAGCAAAGUGACUGGUGGUGCAGUAGCCCGCAUUCUCUACAAGCGGGUCUACAAGGAAUGUGGUGAAGGAUCAAAGUUAAGAUAA